UCACGCAUGCGCGCCAUGUAUUGUUAGGGUGGUUGAACUUUGAAAGGAAAAAGAGCAAAAUUUUAUAUAUUCUACACCUCUAAUAAGCAGCAAUCUCUAGCAGAAUGUUACUCGAAAUGAUGGGUAUUCGAGAUUCGUUUUAAGAGACACAUGGAUGUCUCUUACUUGUUUAUGACUUUAUUUUUUUUAUCUUAAUAUAACGUUCGCUAUCCGGCGAAUUUUUAUAUACAGUCGUAUUCUUUCCGUUCACAUUUCACAUUACGCGAAGGCACAAAUGCAUGUGUAUUCGAUUCUCUUCGUUUACUCUAUUCAUCAUUUAUAUAAAGUGUUAUAAUUGAUACAAUUUGAAAGAAAGCAGUUCGUCAUACAAAAUACAAAGAUACGAAAAAAUAAAAAUAAAUUUAAAAAAAAAUAACGAAAUUAUGCUGUUGCUUUUAUUAGUAUGUAUUGCUGCAGUUGCAUCGCAGGCGUUGGGUAAUAUAUCAAGUCACAUUAUAAAGUGUUGUGAUGGUGGGAAAACGUACGCAACAUCACACAAUGAUUGCACAAAUUACGAAGCUGAAGUUGAUAGUAUUCCUCCAAUUUGGCGUGGACUUUGCCAUUCCACUUUCACGGUAUGUUGCUCGCGGGAAAUACAAUCUCAGAUGUGCGUUGCUGGUCGAUUAGCUGCGUUGCGUGGCUCACGUUGCGACGAAGCGAAAGGCACGACCACAGCUUAUGCGGACUGUUGUCGAGCAUGUCAAAUUGGUCUUGCUGUCAAAGUAUCCGGCAAUAGUUGUAACGAUGAACUGUUCGUUUCAUUCGCAAAGGUCGAUUCAUUUGUUGAAUGUUGCGGCAAUAUAACGAACUCUGAAAUUUCGAAUACAAACAGCGCUGUCCCUCCGGAAGAUGUUAAUGCAUUUAAUGAUAAUAUUAAUGAAGAUGGCGCCAUAAUACUUCGUAUAGACGAUGAUAUAUGUCGAAAGUUUCGCUUAUGCGAGCAAAUUUGCGAAACAACAAAGGAAUCUUAUCGAUGUAAAUGCCAUCCAGGUUUUAAGCUUAAUCCGAACAUGGUUACAUGCUCCGCAAUUGAGUUACAUGAGGAGAGAGACGGUGAUGAUAAUGACGAUAAUGAUGUUAAAAUUAUAAUCGAUAAGGAAAGAGUCAGCGGUAAAAGCGAACAUAGCUAUAAAGGCGAAACAAUAGAAGAAGAAGACGAAGAAGACGAUGACGAGGACGACGAUGACGAACUGCAGCAUUCCAAUGCAUUGCAAGAUUUAUCUUGUCCAAAAGGUUUUCGAAUUGAUCCGUCUCGUCAUACAUGCACCAAAGUUGUUGAUGAUAAUGGCAGUGUAGAAAGUGACGAUGAAGCUUACGGCUCAGCUAUGAAAUGCGCAAAGGGAUUUGAAUUUAUGCAGAAGCUCGGCCGUUGCGUCGAUAUUGACGAGUGCCUGAUCGAUGAAAAUGCCUGUGAUAGCACUCAACGUUGCGUCAACGAUAUUGGUGGAUUCCAUUGUGAUUGCAAGAUCGGUUUCAUUUUGGAUAUUACGCUAAACGCCUGCGUUGAUAUUAAUGAAUGUUCUGUUAAUAAUCACAAUUGUUUGGAAACGCAGCGUUGUGACAACACCCACGGUAGUUAUGUGUGCACUCGAAUUCAAAAUUGCGGAACAGGUUACACGCUUAACGCGGAUAGUGGCACCUGCGAUGAUAAUGAUGAAUGCGCCUUGGGCACGCACAAUUGCAAGCCCGGAUAUGAAUGCCGAAAUACGAAGGGAUCGUUCCGUUGUUAUCGUAAACAUACAACGACAACAAGUACGACGACGACGACGACGACGACGACGACAACAACUACAACUCCGACUACAAGUGCGAUUACGACAACAACGGCCCGGCCGCCAAUUCAUCAGCAUAACGAAUAUUAUGAAUAUAGAUAUCGGAACGCGACAGGUAGUUUGAGGUACACACCAUCGCCAUGUGAAACCGGCUUACACAGAAAUUAUUUGGGAGCUUGUGUUGAUAUAAACGAAUGUCAUAAUGCCCAUAUACUCAAUCCAUGUGGAUCCCAUAAGCGAUGCAUUAAUACGCAUGGAUCGUAUCGCUGCGAAAACUUACUGCAAUGUUCGGCCGGAUUUAAAUUGAAUGCGGACGGAAGCAGAUGUAUAGAAAUCGAAGAAUGCUUUCACGGUAGACAUGGCGUUGUGCGGGCGAGCUCUGCAUGUGGUUGCCCAGCAGGACAUUUAGUUGCACGUUUGACCGAUGGCUCGACGAGUUGCACGGAUGUAAAUGAAUGUGAAUUGAAGGGACCGUCUCUUUGCCCUUCAAAUUCCAAAUGCAUAAACACCCAAGGCUCAUAUUUCUGUGAAUGCAAGCCUGGAUUUCAGAAAAGCGUAGAAGCUCUGGGAAAUUUAUGCUUAGACGUUGACGAGUGUAAUGAAAUACCCGGACUAUGUUCGCAAAAAUGUUUAAAUUUCUUUGGCGGUUAUCGUUGCACUUGCCUAGCUGGCUAUGAACUUGGUCCGGAUAAUCGAACUUGCACGGACGUAGAUGAAUGCGAUAUACAAGGGUCAUACAAAUUAUGCAUGGGCACUUGCAUUAAUAUUCCGGGAAGUUAUGAAUGCUCUUGCCCGCGAGGCUAUACUUUGGCUAGCGAUCGUUUUACUUGUCGUGACAUUGAUGAAUGCUCGAAAGGACAGUUUUGUACCGGUCAUCACGAUGUUUGUACGAAUACGCGAGGCGGCUAUAAAUGCACUACAAUUGUUUGUCCCCCCGGUUACACUCACGAUGCCGAUCAAAGAACACGUUGUCAACUGAGUAGAGCAUGUGAGGCUGACGAGUGUUAUACUAAACCAUUAGCAUAUACGUACAAUUUUAUCACAUUGGUUUCGAAAUUACCUAUACCGCCGGAAGGACGAACUAUAUUUAGUCUACGCGGUCCCGUCUAUUACGAUAUCGAUUUUAGUCAAGUCGAAAUCGUGAAAAUUGUUUGCGCCGCUAAUAUCGAGAAAGCAACAUAUAGCCACUUCAGUACAAUUAAAGAUAAGCAUGAAGUACAUUUAAGUCUUAAGCGUCCCCUGGAAGGGCCGCAAGAAAUCGAGCUGGAAUUAGGUAUGACUGUUUUUACAAGAGGACUGCCACGUGGAAAAAGUGUGGCCAGAAUAUAUAUUUUGGUGUCGCAGUACACAUUCUAGUUCACACCUAUGUGUAACAUAGGUAAAAAUAUAUG